GAAGAAAAUAUCGUUUUUAUAAUAAUUUGUCAUAACCGAACACUAAAUUCAAAACUUUUACAAUUACGAAAGAACCUCAAAUCGAUUUCGGCUAAUUUUACCGGCAUCUCACAAUUUCAUCUACUAUCGUAUAAUAAUAGGCACGUAAUUGAGUAAUUAUUUUUGAAUAAACUAUUAGUUUCUAAACUAUAAAUAUAUAUUCUUACCCUAUCCAAAAUAAUUACCAAAUGAUAUAAACUGAUGUUACUUAAAAAAAUGAUUAUUUUUCUGCUAACUAUACAUCGGAGUAAGUCAACCGGAUGUUGCUACUAUUUCAAUCAACAUGGCAAACUAUAACGGACAACGUGGGCCUGAAUAUUCAGAUGCCAUUAACGAUAAUAAACAAAAAGGAGUAUGCAAAAUCAAGCCAGCAUUCAUUAUCGGCGAGCAAGUGAAGGAAUGCAACGGUUCUUCCCCUAAAAAAGACAAUCAAAUCAACCCUACACCAUGGACUGAGCCCGAUUCUGAGUCACCAGCACCAAUUAUCCCUGUGAGCCAAGAAAUUCAGUAUGAAGGAACAUUUUCAGUUGAUGAAUCCCUCUGCCCUAAAUCUAAGCGCGAAAUGGGAAAGGAAAAGUCAAAAGGAGGUCAAAAUAAACAGCGACCACCACCAUUUAGGAGCCCAAAAGACCAAAAUCUGUGCCCCUGGUUGGUGGAUCAAGUGGAAACUGAGCCACAGAAAAAAUGCCCUUCGUUGAACUGUAAAUUUUUACACGACAGAUCCGAAUACAUGAAGAUUAAAGAAGCCGACAUCGGCUCCGAUUGUUACCUCUUCAACCUCAUAGGUAGAUGCCCCAGGGGAGCUGCCUGUAGAUUUGGCUCCGGUCAUUUAACUGAAACGGGCAUCAACAUCAUCAAUCUCGAGAGCUACGAAUUGUACAAGGAGAAACCUUUAGCAACGAAGAAUCAAAUUCCAAGCAUCCUUCAGGAGAAAUUACGAAAGCGAAAGUAUAAUUUUUCCAUAUCCGAGACGAUUAUAAAAAGUACGGAGAAGAUUGUGAAAGAAAAAAAAGCUCGUACGGAAGAUGAAACAUCUGAACAGCCUUCAGAAGCUACCACAGAGGCUUACGAUAGCGAGAAAAUCGUAAAAAGAUUGGGUCCAGUAUCGGAUACCGAUUUGGUAAAGCUUCGAGCUUCAGAAAAAAAGAAGAUAGACUGGAGGGACAAGAUUCUUCUGAGUCCAUUGACAACUGUGGGGAAUCUUCCGUUCAGGCGGAUCUGCAAGGAGUUUGGAGCGGAUAUAACGUGUGGGGAGAUGGCAUUAGCUCCUAAAAUCUUAAAGGCUGCAUCGGAGGAGUGGGCUUUGGUUAAGAGAUACGAGACAGAGGACAUUUUUGGAGUUCAAAUUUGCGGAAAUAAUACUGGUGUCCUCACUAGAUCUGCCCAGUUACUGAAUGAACAAGCAAACAUAGAUUUUGUAGAUUUGAAUUUAGGAUGUCCCAUUGAAUUAAUUUAUAAGCAAGGAGCGGGAAGCGGAAUGCUUGCCAGAAAAAAUAUUCUGAAGAGUGUUGUUCAUUCUAUCAGUCAGGUUUUGGAUAUCCCUCUAACUAUCAAGACGCGGAUAGGGAUAUAUCAGGAUAAACCUAUUGCUCAUAAUCUCGCUCCACAGUUCAGGGACUGGGGGGCUUCCAUGAUCACGGUUCACGGUAGGUCACGGGAGCAGAGGUAUACGAAGAGUGCGGAUUGGGAAUAUAUUGAAAGAUGUGCAGCUGCGGCUAGUCCAAUUCCAGUUUUUGGUAAUGGAGAUAUCCUGGGAUAUGACGAUUAUUUAAGAGUGAGAGAAAACUGUCCAAGUGUACAGGGGAUCACUAUUGGCAGGGGUGCGCUGAUUAAGCCAUGGAUCUUUACAGAGAUCAAGGAGAGGAAGCUUAUUGAUAUGACUAGCUCGGAGAGAUUGGAGAUUUUGAGAAAGUAUGCAAAUUAUGGUCUAGAACAUUGGGGAUCAGACACCAGAGGCGUUGAGACAACCAGAAGAUUCAUGCUCGAGUGGAUUUCCUUUUUGCAUAGGUACAUUCCAGUGGGAAUAUUAGAAUCGCCACCACAAAAAAUCAACGAGCGACCUCCAUUCUAUAAAGGCCGUGACGAAAUGGAGACUCUCAUGGCUAGUUCCAAUUGCGCCGAUUGGAUUAAAAUAUCCGAAAUGUACCUUGGAAAAGUUCCUGAUGGUUUCCAUUUCUUACCAAAACACCGAGCAAAUUCAUGGAAUUAAUGUAACAAGAUAAAAUACUUGAUCGAUCUUUAAAUAAGAAUUGUUUUUUUUUUUAACGAAAAUCAG